UUUGUUUUCAUGCCACACGUGUCAUAUUGCGUCCAGCGCCGCCCAACUUUCCUUUUCAACGUCCCCUGGUUGUGGUACCGCCCGGUUAAGAAACACCAAUCUGAAGCAAACUGGCUGGGGAAACGAUUGACGCGUGUCUCAGGCAGCAGAUAUGAACUUCAAAAUACGUGCUGCUAAAAAAGAUGACUCCAAGGAUAUUUCAAGAUUGAUAAUGGAGUUGGCUGUAUAUGAAAAAAUGCCUGAUCGGGUGAUGAUAUCUUACAAAGAACUGGAGCGUGAUGGCUUCUCCUCAAAUCCCUUCUUUCAGUGCCUGGUUGCAGAAGUGCCUGAGGAAAAUAAAUCAAAAGAGGGACAUACAAUUGUUGGGUACGCCCUUUACUUUUACACUUACAGUACAUGGAAGGGGCCAUCAGUUUUUUUGGAAGAUCUGUACGUGAUGCCCGACUUCAGAGGACAAGGCAUUGGCAAGAGUUUAAUGAGCAAAGUGGCUCAGGUGGGGAAAGAGAAGCAGUGUGUGAGGCUGCAGCUGUUAAUGCGGGACUGGAAUACUCCCUCUCUCGAUUUCUAUGUUGCAAAGGGAGCUCAGGACCUUACUGCGAGUGAAGGGUGGCACUUCCUUCGUUUUGAUGGAGAAGCCCUGGACAAAUUAGCAAAUGAAGCUUCUAUAGAUUAGAAGUCUGAU